AAAGUUAACCAGAAAAAGAGCUCGCUGAUUGUCGUUAGAUCAACUGUAACUUCUCUCUUUUCCUUCUCUCCUCUCCUCUUCUCACCUCUCGUCCAUGGCGACGGCCAGUUUCCCCAAGUCUGGCGCCAUUUCCCGAGGCUACAAUUUCGCCUCAACAUGGGAACAGCACGCUCCGCUGACGGAGAAACAACACGCCGCGAUCGCAUCGCUCUCCAAUGCGGUCACCGAGCGCCCGUUCCCUCCAAAUCUGUCUCAAGAUCAGGUCACAGGCAAGGAAAGUAAUGGUAAUUCAACGGUUUCUAUUGAUGAUUCAGCCAAUAAGGCUGCUGCAAUGGAUGCUGUUCUGGUUAAUACUCACCAGUUUUACAAAUGGUUUUUGGAUCUGGAAUCAGCGAUGAAUUCAGAGACGGAGGAGAAGUAUAAUCUCUAUGUCAAUACAUUGGUAGAGAGGAUUCAGAUAUGUGAUGGAAUUCUUAAUCAGGUGGAUGAUACCCUCAAGUUAUUAGAUGAACUACAAAUGCUACACCAGACUGUUGCAACAAAAACUAAAGCCUUGCAUGAUGCCUGCGAUCGGUUGUUGCUUGAAAAGCAGAGAUUAGUUGAUUUUGCAGAGGCGCUUCGAAGUAAGCUCAACUAUUUUGAUGAAUUGGAGAAUGUUUCUACCAAUUUCUAUUCUGCAAAUAUGAACAUUGGGAAUGGGCAGUUCCUUUCUCUACUGAAACGGCUCGAUGACUGUAUCUCGUAUGUUGAGAGCAACCCACAGUAUGCAGAAUCUGGUGUUUACUUGGUUAAGUUUCGACAACUCCAGUCCCGAGCAUUAGGCAUGAUUCGAUCUCACGUACUUUCAGUUCUAAAAGGUGCUUCUUCACAGGUGCAAGCUGCUAUUCGAGGCAGUGGUCCAAGCAAAAUCUCUUUUUCAGAGGGUGUUGAAGCAUCUGUUAUCUAUGUUCGCUUUAAGGCCACGGCUAGUGAGCUCAAACCUAUACUAGAAGAAAUUGAAAGUAGGUCUUCAAGGAAAGAGUAUCUCCAGAUUCUUUCAGAAUGUCACAAACUGUACUGUGAGCAGCGAUUAUCCCUGAUAAAAAGUAUUGUGCAGCAUCGUAUCACUGAGUUUUCAAGGAAAGAGAAAUUGCCAUCAUUAACUCGGUCUGGAUGUGCAUACCUAACGCAGGUCUGCCAGCUUGAGCAUCAGCUCUUUGCUCACUUUUUUCCUGUUUCUUCCAAAGAAGUCUCCGGUUUGGCUCCUUUAGUAGACCCUCUAUGCACGUACUUGUAUGACAUAAUACGCCCUAAACUGAUAUAUGAAGCAAAUCUUGAUACUCUUUGUGAACUUGCUGAUAUCCUGAAAAUCGAAGUUCUAGGGGAGCAGCUUGGUAGACAUAGCGAGUCACUUGCAGGGUUGAGAGCCACCCUUCAAAGGAUUCUAGCAGAUAUUCAUGAGAGAUUGACAUUUUGUGCUCGCACACACAUUCGCGAUCAGAUUGCAAAUUUCCAUCCUUCUGAAGAAGAUCUUGAUUACCCUGCUAGGUUGGAAAUAUUUACUGAGACAACAUCAGGCGUUGCGGUUGAUGAUAACUCUGACAUUUUCAAAACCUGGUAUCCUCCAUUGGAGAAAACAUUAUCAUGCCUAUCAAAGUUGUAUCAUUGUUUGGAACCUCCAGUUUUUACUGGGUUAGCUCAGGAAGCUGUAGAAUUCUGCUCGAUAUCCAUACAGAAUGCCAGUAAACUUGUCACAAAAAAGUCAUCUACAUUGGAUGGACAACUAUUUCUUGUUAAGCAUCUCCUUAUCUUGAGGGAACAGAUUGCGCCAUUUGAUAUUGAAUUCUCCGUCACUCACAAAGAGUUGGAUUUCUCUCAUUUGCUGGAACAUCUAAGGAGAAUCCUCAGAGGUCAAGCCUCACUAUUUGGAUCAUCCUCACUGGCUCGGAACUUCUCUCCACGUGUUCUAGAAAGUCAGAUAGAUGCCAGAAAGGAAAUAGAAAAAAGUCUGAAAGUGACAUGUGAGGAAUUCAUCAUGUGCAUCACGAAGUUAGUUGUGGACCCAAUGCUUUCGUUUGUUACCAAGGUCACUGCUGUAAAACAUGCAUUGUCCUCUGGUAGACAGGAUCAGAAGCUAAACUCUGUUUUGGCAAAACCCCUCAGGGAUCAAGCCUUUGCUACUCCAGAGAAAGUGGCUGAGCUUAUUCAGAAGGUUAACACUGCUAUGCAACAAGAUUUGCCCAAAGUGAUGACCAAGAUGAAGCUUUAUCUACAGAACCCAUCCACGCGGAUGAUCUUGUUCAAACCCAUCAAGACGAAUAUUGUGGAGGCUCAUGCACAAUUGCAGUCACUGAUAAAAUCCGAUUACUCUGCUGAAGAAAUGCAGGGCAUGGGCAUGGUGCCCAUACAAGGCCUGCAGGCUCAGCUUGACAGCCUUCUCUAGACAAGCCAAUGUCAACCGUUGUCCGUUUCAUCACAGCUAGCACGGACUCAAGUGGUCUGCUUUUAUCUGUUAUUUGAUUGCUGAAUCUCAUAGAUGUGAGAUUUUUGAUGAGAUGUGUACUGUUUUAGCUUUUGGUUGAGUAAGUUUGGUGCUUAUGUUUUUACUAUUAUAUGAUAUAUAUGGUUAGUUGUCGAGGGUAGCGGUAACCGAUAUUUCGAAGUCCACAUUAGACUAAUGAGACACGAGCUUCAAAUGGCUGCUGUUAAUUGAAUCAUGAUGAUUGUAAUAUUUAGUAGUUUUGUUUUGGCGUGAAAAUGGGGGACUUCUUGAG